CAGUUUUGGUUUUUAAAUUGCAUUAAAGAAAAUAAAGACCUUUAUCACAAUAUUCUAAUUUUCUGAGACAGUCCUGUAUACAACUGCAGCUCACCACCGAACGCGCAACGGUAGCGCGUCGCCGACCGUGCAACUGCACCGCGCUGGUCCCAUUAUUGUGACAGAGCCGCCACUGAAAUGUAGAAAAUAAUUUUACAAAAUAUACAGCAAGUAAAUACGAUUGAGCGCUUGAUGCGCUGCGCAAAUUGCUACUUUUUGGCCUCUUCCGCGUUCCGUUCUCCAAGAGUGUCCCAAGCAGAAGGUGCGUUUCUUUUGGCAAAUAAAAAAAGAACAACAAAAAGGCGAAAACUACAGCAAGUUUCAAUCACUGGGUGCAGAAGGCUGUGUCCUCCCUCAUGGCUGAUUCGGCUGAAGUAUUCUAUGUCGGAGUGGAUGUGGGCACUGCCAGUGUGAGGGCUGCUCUCGUGACCAGAGACGGUCAUUUGAAGACCUCUGCUCAGGAGCCCAUUACCAUCUGGGAACCUCACAGUGACCAUUAUGUACAGUCUUCUUCUGAGAUUUGGGAGAAAUGCUGCUCCGUUGUCAAGAAAGUGACACUGGGUGUGAACAAGAAACAGGUGAGAGGGGUCGGUUUUGAUGCUACCUGCUCCCUUGUGGUGUUGGACCAAAGCUUCCAGCCUGUAGCAGUUAAUCAGGAUGGAGACAAUCUGAGAAAUGUGGUGAUGUGGAUGGACCAUCGUGCUGCUGAGCAAGCUGCUCGUAUCACAAGCGCAGGCCACAGCGUCCUAAGUAGGGUUGGAGGUGUCAUGUCACCUGAGAUGCAACCACCUAAAUUACUCUGGCUCAAAGAGAACCUUUGGGAAAAUUGCUGGAACAAAGCUGCUCACUUUUUUGACCUGUCAGACUUUCUUUCAUGGAAGGCCACUGGCUCAUUGACCAGAUCCCUUUGUACUCUGGUAUGUAAAUGGACAUAUUGUCCCCCUGAGGGUUGGGAUGUGAGUUUUUGGACUUCAAUAGGAUUGGAGGAUCUGACUCAAAACAACUUUUCCAAAAUAGGCAGCAUGACGUGUUCUCCCGGUAGUUCUCUUGGGGAUGGGCUGACUCAGGGUGCAGCAGCAGAUUUGGGUCUAGAUCCAGGAACUGCUGUGGGGGCUUCGCUUCUUGACGCUCAUGCUGGUGGCCUUGGUAUGAUUGGAGCAGACGUAAAAGGCUUUCGACUGCCAUGUGAGAACCAGCCGAUCACCACGCGCAUGGCCAUGAUCUGCGGGACAUCAUCAUGUCACAUGGCGAUCAGUGAGCAGCCGCUGUUUGUGCCAGGAGUGUGGGGUCCCUACUUGUCUGCCAUGGUACCGGAUUUGUGGCUUAACGAGGGAGGACAGAGUGUUGCGGGACGUCUGAUUGACCACAUGGUGAACGGUCAUGUCGCUUACACGCAGCUCCAGGAAAAGGUGCGCCAGAGUUGUUAUACCUCAGGUGGGGGCAUCUACAGCUACCUGAACAGCCACCUACAUCUAAUGGCUUCAUCGUGUUCAGCCGUUGAUUUGCUAGGCUCGAGUCUUCACGUGUGGCCAGACUUUCAUGGGAACAGGUCACCAUUGGCUGACCCCACUCUAAGGGGCAUGGUGGUGGGAUUGUCUCUUUCUCAAACUCUGGAUGAUUUGGCUUUACUCUACUUGGUGACCAUACAAGCUCUGGCGCUUGGUACUCUGCAUAUACUGGAGGCCAUGAAAGAAGCUGGCCAUGACAUUAAGACCAUUUUUUUAUGUGGAGGAUUGAGCAAGAACAGCUUGUUUGUGCAGACUCAUGCCAACGCAACAGGGUUGCCUGUGGUGUUGCCUGAACAGACCGAGGCUGUAUUGGUAGGAACAGCAAUUCUUGGAGCGUGUGCAUCCCAUGACCAUGGCACUAUACAGGAGGCGAUGGUGAAAAUGGCUAAAGUGGGAAAAGUUGUUGAGCCUGAUCACAGCCUUCAGAGAUUUUACCAAAGAAAGUACCAAGUGUUCCGGUGCCUUGUUGCCCACCAGAGGGAGUACCAAGCCCUCAUGAACACUUUUGGGACAACUCUAUAAGUAAAAGUAAAAAAAAGUACAUAUGGAAAUGUACUUAACCUGGAUAUAAAGAAAUCUGCAAACAAAUGAACUUUCCUCUUGAAUGAAUAAUUGAGAAGAAAUUUCAGUUCUGAAGGCUCCUUUUGUCCCAAGCAAAGUGACAGAUGGUGGGAAGGAGGGAAAAAAUUGUAAAAUCAAUUCACUCAAAUCAAUCUCGUUAUGAAAGAUUUAAUCACAAAACGUGUGUGGCUUUUUCUUAAAUGAACACGUUUGACAUUGCUAUCGUGUCAGCUUUUAAUUAUAUUGCGCUGUUAAAGCAAAUUAAUAAAUGGAACAAUAUUAAUUUGCUUUGAAAAUACCUGAGUAAUAAAAUAAAAUGGAUGGAUGGAUGAAUGAUGAUCACAAUUACCGUUUUUUUUCAUGUAUAAUGCGCAAAAUGUAACUAAUUUAUUGUCCUAAAAUCUGGGGUGCACAUUAUACAUGGGUACCAAAAAAAUAUAUAUUUUUUUUUUAUUUUAAUUUUUUUAAAUCCGGAUAUGAUACGGAGGCCGCCAUUACAGAUGCGCUUUCUUCUCUGCUGUUCACUUCAAACACGCUCCAUACGAACACAAUGCUCUCGUAUCAGACGCUUGCUCGAUCACCUGCUCGUUUGCUGUCACAAUGUACCCUACACAAAUCCGAAACAUUUCUUUGCUAUUGAGGUUGCUAGCGCAUGCGCAGUGAUACUGACCGGCAGAAUAACAUCCGGUUGUUCCCAAAGAUGAUCUUUUUUCUGAAAUAAUUUUACGUUCACGGACUUAAGUAGGAGUCAAAAUUUGGGUGCGUAUUAU